AUGGAUGAAAUUUGUAACGUAUUAAAGGAAUAUAUUUCACAAAGUGAAACACGAAGUGACACAGAAAGUAAUAACAUAAUUGAUUUAUUCAAAGAAUACAGUGCAAGCACAAAAGACAAAACGGAGGUUCAUUCGAGACUUAAAAAAAUAGAAUGUACUAAACUAAUGGCAUUUGAUGCUAACGGUUUAUACGCUUCCGCCAUGUCGGAUUUAGACAGUGAAUAUCCGAGAGCGGAAAGUGGAAGACCGUUUCUACCAGAAGAAGAAAAAGAAUUUGUGAAACUCUUCAAUAAACAAAAAUUCAGACCUAGAACAGAUAUUUUAACAGUGUGGUUUGACUAUCCCAAAAACAUGUUCUUCCAACCGAUACCAGCUAAAGAUAAAAUCACUUUCACGAAUAAAGAAGGUAAAAAGGAAACUGGUAACAAAAUCAGGUUCAGAAAUGGUUUCUGUCACGACGCUUUAACAUCGGUCGAUAUUCAAGAAAUAGUGAAAGCCGGUGGACGAAUUAUUAGAAUAUUAGAUGGUAUAGUUUACGAAGAAAAUUUUAAAACUCCACCCUAUAGAGAUUAUAUUUUAAUUUUGAGAGAUUUAAGAAAUAAAUAUAAACGAGAAGGUAAUAUCGUGGGUAGUAACUGCAUGAAAUUAUUAGGUAAUUCCUUGUAUGGUAAAUCAAUUCAGAAAGAUAUAUUCACAACUAGACAUUUAUGGAAUGANGCAACUUUACAGGCCAACUUUGAUUCACGUGUUAAAACCUAUGAGAAAAUUAAUGAUACUCAAUAUAUUGUUGAAACAGAAAUUGAAGAAAAAGAGAUUACUACCGAAGACAGUAAAUCUACACGACUAACGCCUAGUCAUUUGGGAUCAUUCGUUUUAUCUCACAUAUUUUCUGCCCCCUCGUAUCAUAGUAUAGGUAAUAUAUCAAUAACCUUGCUUUGUUAA